AUGGGCAGCGGUGCCAACGUCCACAGCGAAGACUGCCUGACGCUGAACCUCUGGACGAAGGGCACUGCAGGCCGGAAGAGACCCGUCCUGGUCUUCUUCUACGGCGGGAGAUUCACCAUUGGGGAUACCAACACCCCCUUUUUCGACGGCCAGUUCUUCUCAGAAGCCGAGGAUGUCGUGGUCGUGACCGUCAACUAUCGAGUAGGCAUCUUUGGCUUCCCUGGUGCCCCCGGACUGCGCCAGAACCUGGGCCUGAGGGACCAGCGGCUGGCGGUUGAAUGGCUUCGGGACAACGCCGGGGCCUUUGGCGGAGACCCUUCAAGAAUAACCAUCUUCGGGCAGUCGUCUGGAGCUCUGGCAGUCGAUGCGUAUUCCUAUGCGUAUCGAGACGACCCCAUUGUGGCUGGCCUGAUCCUUCAUUCCGGUACCAUCUUCAGUUUCCCUCUGAACUCGAGGGAGCUGGCGGCCAGGAACUGGCACAAUGCGUCUUCUCUCGCAGGCUGCGGCUCAGCGGGAGAUGUGCUGGCCUGUAUGCAAAGCAAGUCUGCCGAUGAUAUCAGACUCGCGGCGGAUAAGGUCCCUCCGCCGCCUAAUACGAGCGUUGCUCGCUCACAGCCUGUGUUUCAGCCAGGCCCAGACGGUGAACUUAUCUUUGAUGACUACGAGUCCCUGGCGUCUCAGGGGAAAUUCAUCCAAAUCCCCAUGAUACUUGGCCAUGGAGACCGUGAAUCUUCAUUCUACAACAUCUCUGCUUCGGCUCGAGGCACUGUUCUCACAGACGAGCAGUGGGCCCAGUUCGUUACAGACGUGUUCGGAUGCCCGGCCAUGAAGGAAGCAGAUUAUCGAACUCAGCACAACAUUCCGCUAUGGAGAUACCGUUACUUUGCUGACUGGGUCAAUACUCGGCUGUUCCCUAACAGUGGCGCAUACCAUGGCGUCGACCUCCAUAUGAUCUUUGGCAAUUCUCAAGGAGUCGCCGGAGAUCCAGAAUCGCCAGAUCAGACCAUUCUCAAGAGAAUCAUGCAAAGAACCUGGGCUGCCUUUGCAGCUGACCCCUGGGCUGGGCUCAAAAGACACGGGUGGCCUGUCUACAAGAAGGACGAUUUCGUCAAACCGGCAGCUUAUGAUGCCCAUUGUCCUGGUGCCUAA